CUAAAUCAUCUUCUUCUUUCCCGGCAUAAGUUUUUUAGGGCUCCAAAAAUUCAAAAUCUCCCUCCAAAUAACCAAACUGGCGAACCCUACUACCUAACCCAAUUCCAUACAAAUCCAACACAAACAAUUCCAAUCGCUUUCGCUGGUUAUCACUUGCGCAAACGCUCACCAUGACAAACCACCAAGACGAUCUCGAUCUCCUUCUCUCUCUUCAAGAUCGAGUCUUGGAAACCCCUCCCGCUUCUCCUUCAACCCUCCACUGUAAAUCCCCAGGAUACCUUUCGGACGAUGGCUCCCCCAAGAGAGUGGGACAAGCGAGCAUGUCUGUAUUUCGUACUGCUGUCCAAGAUUGCCUUGAUUAUGAGCCUGAAAGUACGAAGAAAUCUAUAAAAUCCAAUCAGAUAAAGAAGUCAAAUGAUGCUGAGGUUGAAAAGUUUUCAGGUUUGCGAAUCAGGAAUCGACUAGUCUCCCAGUUAGAACUGAGCAAUCGCUUUUCUGAUAUUCGAUUUCUUAGGUUACCGGCAAUAAAGAAUGUACUAGUUGGGGAUACUCUUUCUGGUUGUUGGGCAACUGUUGGAGUUGUAACUGGGAGAGGGAACACAAAAAUGAGUUCUACGGGGAAGAGCUUCUGUGUAUUGCAAAUUGGGUGUCUAGAUGAAAAGACUAUUUCUGUUUUCUUGUUUGGUGAUGCUUACCAGAAGCACUCGAAAGAGGAGGCUGGAGCUGUGCUUGCUCUUUUCAGUUGUGGUGUUCGCAAGGACAAAGUGGGGCAAGGGUUUUCAUUAAGUGUUUAUUCCGCUGGUCAAAUUUUAAAGAUCGGCACUUCCUCAGAUUUUGGAGUUUGCAAGGCCAAAAAGAAUGAUGGGAUGGCUUGUACACUAGUUAUUAACAAGCGUCGUGGAGUAUACUGCUCAUACCAUAUAAUGAGAGCAUCUGAAAAGUACUCUGUUACACGAACUGAACUCAAGGGAGGGAAUUUAAGGUUUGCCAUCAGGGAUCCUCGCAAGUCAGAUGGAAUAUAUUUGGUUGAUCCUCUGGCUGACAGAACAAACUUAAAAAAGUCCAAGCAGCCAGCGAAGUUAUUGUCUGUGGAAGGAUUGAAGAAGGCUUUAAGCAAAGCAGGCAAAGUAACAACGAAUGCCCACUCUCAAGGAAUAAGAUUUCUCACUGAAGUCACAGAUAAAUUGGUUCCAACACCUUCUGACAGAGCUCAGAACUCAGAAAAGAGGUCAUCAUCUGCUGCAAGGUUGGAUACACCUGUAGUCAGAAGUCAACAAACAAAUGCAAAAAGAACAAAAAUGGAGCAAGAGAGAGCUACAUCCGAGAAAACCAAGGAGGUUGGAGAAAAGAUGAUUGAAUUAGAAUUUAUUAGCUCAGAUGAAGAAAUGUGAGACUUCCUUGUCAAACCCCUUUACGACUUGGUGAGAUUGAGCUCUGACAAGUGGCAAAGAGGUAGAAAUGGGCUGUGUGAUGUCAUUGCUCUUUAUUGAAGGUUUGAGUAAAGGAAGAUACAGGUUUUCUUUGAAAAUACAUUCUCUAAUUAUUGAUCCACUAGGGCUUCCGUCAACAGUCAACCAUUGGACACUUGAGACACCUCUCAUCUCAUAAAUUGCUUAUUGUUGUGUGGAGAAAGUUGAGAACCCGUGUAUCAGCUUCUUCUUCUUUUUUUUGGAAAGGAAAUCGUUCAUUGACAUAGCCAAGAUCAGAAGAGACCAACUAACCUGUGUAUCAGUUUAAUGUGAGUGUCUUUUGAAUUGAUUUGCUUGAGUAUUUAGAUUAUGCAAGUAUGUUAUACUUUCAAAACCUUCCAUGUCGAGAAUUCUUGGUUACUUGUGAAACUAUAGGUUGAUGUAAUGAUCAAAAUCGUUCUUAUUGGGUGAUUA